GCAUGACAUCUCACACCGCCAAGCAGCUCUGCUUUUGACCGACCCUUCAUUCCCACUCACAGUUUUAAUUUGUUGAUUCUCCGCUUCUGGUUUUUCUUGAGCUGGGUUUACUUUCUCCAUGGCUACCCAUCUAGCCAAUCUGGGUUUUGUGUACUUUACUCUGUUGUUGAUACUGUUUUCCUCUGAUGCUAUAGGAGCUCGGUUGAACCAUUUUGAUCCCAGAAUCCGAAUGCCUACAGAGGAAGAAGAUAUAGCAGAGGAUGAUAGUGAGAAGGUUGGCACAAGGUGGGCAGUUCUCGUGGCCGGCUCGUUUGGAUAUGGAAAUUACAGGCACCAGGCUGAUGUUUGCCAUGCAUACCAAAUUCUAAGAAAAGGAGGCUUGAAGGAAGAAAACAUAGUAGUGUUUAUGUAUGAUGAUAUAGCAAAGCAUGAGCUGAAUCCGAGGCCCGGAGUGAUCAUCAACCAUCCAGAAGGAGAGGAUGUGUAUGCGGGGGUGCCUAAGGACUACACUGGAGAGAGUGUAACGGCUGCAAAUUUGUACGCAGUGAUUCUUGGCGAUAAAAGUGCUGUAAAAGGCGGGAGUGGAAAGGUUGUCGAUAGCAAGUCCAAUGACAGGAUUUUCUUGUACUACUCUGAUCAUGGAGGCCCUGGAGUUCUUGGGAUGCCAAACUUGCCUUUUCUGUAUGCUGUGGAUUUCAUCAAUGUUUUGAAGAAGAAACAUGCAUCUGGGAGCUACAAAGAGAUGGUCUUAUACAUCGAAGCUUGUGAGAGCGGGAGUGUUUUCGAAGGCAUGAUGCCCAAGGACUUAAACAUAUAUGUAACAACAGCAUCAAAUGCACAAGAGAGUAGCUGGGGAACGUACUGUCCAGGGAUGGAUCCUCCACCACCUCCCGAAUACAUCACCUGCUUAGGGGAUUUGUACAGCGUUGCUUGGAUGGAGGACAGUGAGACUCACAAUCUGAAGAAAGAAACUGUAAAACAGCAGUAUGAAACUGUAAAGGAAAGAACUUCAAAUCUUUUCACUUACAAUGGCGGGUCUCAUGUGAUGGAAUAUGGGAAUACAAGUAUCAAAUCAGAGAAGGUUAGUUUGUACCAAGGCUUUGAUCCCAAUUCUGUGAACUUGCCUCCAAAUCAUCUCCAUUUACUGAAACAAAUGGAAGUUAUAAACCAGCGAGACGCAGAGAUUCUCUUCCUCUGGAAAAUGUACAACAGGGCGGAGAAUAGAUCGAAGAAGAAUGAAAUACUGAAGCAGAUUAAAGAGACAAUGGGGCACAGGACACAUUUGGAUGGAAGCAUGGAAUUGAUUGGAACACUUCUGUAUGGACCACAAAAGGGUUCUGCAGUCCUCAGUACCGUGAGGGCGACGGGAUCGCCCCUUGUCGAUGACUGGGAAUGCCUGAAAUCAAUGGUUCGCGUAUUUGAAAACCAUUGCGGUUCACUGACUCAGUACGGCAUGAAAUACAUGCGUGCUUUCGCCAAUAUAUGCAAUAGCGGUACCUCUCCAGAAUCUAUGGCGGCAGCUAGCGGAGCUGCAUGCAGCAGUCAGAAUGCAGGGCAAUUGCACCCAUCAAAACAAGGUUAUAGUGCUUGAUUUCAGUAUAUGAAAAACAUGGUACCUUAGAACUGAAGCUGAAAUGGGAGCUGUCAUCUCUUUUGAGCCAUCUAAUAUGGCUUGCUGUGUAAAUUGUGUUGGUAGGUGAAUACAGUUGGAAAUGAAUAAUUUUAGCUCGUGUAUAAGAAGAUGAGGUGUUCUGUCUCCAAGAGAUGGCAGGGUAAACAAACAUACAAUAAAUGAGCCUUUAUUUACGCUUUUUUUUUUUUA